AUGGUAAACACACUUGUAACCACCGACACCUGUCAUUAUGGUAAACAUAUCUCUGUAACCACCUGGACACCUGUCAUUAUGUUAUUACAACCUGGAGAGCUCAUACUACAUCACGCCCACCUACAUCCCGCUCAUACUACAUCACGCCCAAUCCCUCCCACCUACAUCACGCCCACCUACAUCCCGCCCACCUACAUCCCGCCCACCUACAUCACGCCCACCUACAUCACGCCCACCUACAUCACGCCCACUCAUCCCGCCCACCUGCCAGCACGCCCACCCACAGCACGCCCACCUACAUCACGCCCACCUACAUCCCGCCCACCUACAUCCCGCCCACCUACAGCACGCCCACCUACAUCCCGCCCACCUAUCCCGCCCACCUACAUCACGCCCACCUACAGCACGCCCACCUACAUCACGUCCAUCUGCAUUGCGCCCACCUACAUCCCGCCCACCUACAUCACGCCCACCUACAUCCCGCCCACCUACAUCCCGCCCACCCACAUCCCGCCCACCUACAUCCCGCCCACCCACAUCCCGCCCACCUACAUCACGCCCACCUACAGCACGCCCACCCACAUCACGUCCAUCUGCAUUGCGCCCACUUACACCAUACACCCCCGACCCAAGCCACGCCACCGCACGCCUCAGGGCUCAGGGUCGGGGGCAUGA